AUGUUUCCCUGCAGCGCGCUGCCGCCUCCUCUCUACCCGGGCUUGCUGCCUCCUCCCGCGGGCUUCUCCUCUCCGCUGAGCCGCUCCCUGCGCUCCGGCUUCCUGGUGGAGGACCUGCUCCGGCUGAGCCAGCCCGUGUCCUACCUGCACCGGGGCCUCUCCUCCAGGGGCCCCGGGGACGUGCUGCAGCUCAGCCCGCGGCCGGGCAGCGAGCCGGGCUCCGGGCACCAGAGCCGCGGCAGCCCCGGGUCCCUGCAGACCUCCUGCCCGGACUCCGGGUUCCUCAAGUUCGGCGUCAAUGCGAUUCUGGCCCCGUCCACGCGGAGCGUUCAGAGUUUCCAGAAAUCGUUUCCUUUACCUUUCUUUGACGGAGUUCUGCAUCCGUUCAUCAGAGCCACUUAUCUCACAGCCUCCUCCUCCGUCAUCCCCGUCCCGGGAACCUUCUCCUGGCCCCUGGCCCCCCGAGGGAAGCCCAGGAGGGGCAUGCUGCGGCGGGCCGUGUUCUCCGACCUCCAGAGGAAGGCGCUAGAGAGAACCUUCCAGAAACAGAAAUACAUCAGCAAACCCGACCGGAAGAAACUCGCCGGGAAACUGGGUCUCAAGGACUCGCAGGUGAAGAUCUGGUUUCAGAACCGCAGGAUGAAAUGGAGAAACUCGAAGGAGCGGGAGCUGCUGUCGACCGGCGGCUGCCGCCAGCAGACCCUCCCCACCAAGACCAACCCGCACCCCGACCUCACCGACGUGGGCAGCGCCACCUGCUGCCACCGGCUCGACAGAACCACCCCCGACAGCCAGGACUCACAUCUGCACCACCACAGUCGUCGUCAUCAUCAUCUUCAUCUUCAUCAUCACAGCCCCUCGUCUCCGUCGGAGUCCAGCAAACAGUCGGAGCUCUCAGAGUCGGACGGGGAAGAAAUCAACGUCUCGUAA